UUAUGGAAACCAAGUCGCCUGCUGCAGUUAAAUUGACUGUUCUUCUUCUUAUUUCUUUUCUUAAACACAUUGCAAACUGUAACUUAGGCAAUUUUUGUUUAUUUUAUCUACGUACACAAAUAGUAUAAGGGCAUUGUGUAUUUGUGUUUGAAUUUUUUAUUUUGUGAUACGCAAACAACAUAUUUUAUUCAUUGUUAUUACAGUACGUCUUACAAAUAGCUUAGCUUCGACAUGAGUAAUAAUAAUAAAUCGGCAUUAUUUGCUUGCUCGAAGUGUUUCAAACGGUAUUUGUAUGAAGACCUAUCGUCUGGGCAACAACUCUGUAAAGAAUGUCGAGGAUCAUACCCCGUAGUCAAGUGUACGUAUUGUCGGUCUGAAUUCCAACAGACUGAUAAAUCAAACACUAGUACAAUUUGUAAAAAGUGUGAACAAUUUGUGGCUCAAUAUGGUAGACCAACAGCAUGUAGUUACUGCAACAUCAUAGCUGCAUUCAUUGGGCAAAAAUGUCAACGUUGUGCAAAUUCUGAGCGCAAAUAUGGGCCACCUGUGACCUGUGAUCAAUGCAAACAAAAUUGUGCAUUUAAUAGAAAAGAUAUGGAUUGUGAAUUGCUUGAUGGAAAAGUAUUAUGCUGGUUAUGCACGUUAUCAUUUAAACGAGCCUUAGCAAAAACAAAAAAAACUGAUGCUGAAAUGAAACUAUUAGUAAAAAAACGUGAUGGGUCAAAAAAUAGAAAAACUAAACAUACAAAUGURAUGAAGCUAAUUGAUGACAGUGGUCCGGAUUUUGCUUUGCCUCCACCUUCAAAAAUGCAUCGAAAUUCUCAUAGGCACGUUGAUGUAAAUUCAGAUAAUGUAGUGGUUAUUACUGACCUCAAAGAACAAAUAGCCAUGUUACAAAAACAAUCUAAUCUAAAGAGUUGUCAACUAUUAAACAAAGAGAAAUUUAUAACUGAAUUGAAAGCCAAACAUUUUACAACAGAAAAUGAAUUGCGUACUAAAAUGAAUUCCGACAAAAAAGAGUAUAGUAGAGAAGUAGAAAUGUUGCAUAGUAAAAUCAAGUGUUUGCAGAAAGAAGUUGCAACAUUAUCCAAAAGUGGCGGUAAACGUAGUGUACAUCUUCGUAAAGAACACGAUAGUGGUAGUGGUACUGAUAGUCCAUCUGUGACAUAGUUUUAGYGUUGUAAGUACUACAAGUUAAUAUUAUAUUUGGUAUGGAAUUUGUGAUUUAUUAAGUGAUAUACAAUGUUUUUUAUUUAAUCAUUGUGUAAACAUUAAAAAUAUAUGUAUAUCAUCUAUACAAUUUUACCUACUUUCAAGUAAACUGAUUAAUUUAUAAUGAAUUAUUCUUAAUUACAUUUUGUUUGAAUACAUUUUCCUUUUACUCCUCUAUGUAAUAUAAUAAUUGCUCAUUUGAAAUACUGUUAGUAAGUAGCUCUAUAUUAUAAACUAUUACAUACAUGUAUUUGAUUUUCUCUACUUUUU